AUGUCUUCCUCUACUCGUAAGCAGGACCCUCCUCCUUCUGACUCUGACCAUGAAGACUCUUCUAAGUCUUCUGACCAGACUUCCUCUGACCAGACAAACUAUACAGGUGCGGUGACCCCAAAGACCUCGGGCUCAAGCUCUCGUGCUCCGACCCCGGGUACCUCGCGUCGUAACAUGACAAACGAGGAGUUUCUCGUCAACGCCUUUAAGGCACUGGACCCGAAUAAGGUCACGUCCAAGUUGAAUACCCUUUUCAUGGCGUUUUCUAAUUUCCUCCAAUCGGGAAAUACACAAAAUCCCAAAAGAAAAUCGAAAGUCUACACAUCAAACUCCCAUGUUCUACGAACCCUAACUUUGUCGUCAAGAGCAGACAAGUUGUGCUGUAUUUUGGCAAAUGAAGGCUUCUCAUCUCCUAGGCCUAACCAUGGUUAG